AUGGCUGGAGUCCCUCAGUUUGCGUCAUUGUACGUGGGUGACCUUCACCCUGAUGUCACCGAGGCCAUGCUCUACGAGAUCUUCAACUCUGUUGGUCCCGUGGCCUCCAUCCGUGUUUGCCGUGACAGCGUGUCGCGGAAGUCUUUGGGCUACGGCUAUGUGAAUUUUCACUCGGUGAGCGAUGCGGAGCGUGCCCUGGACACUCUGAACUAUUCUGCCAUCAAGGGGCGCGCGUGCCGCAUCAUGUGGAGCCAGCGUGAUCCCAGCCUCCGCAAGAGUGGCCUGGGCAACGUGUUUGUCCGAAACCUGGACCGGAACAUUGACAACAAAGCGCUCUACGACACCUUCAGCCUCUUCGGCAACAUCCUGUCCUGCAAGGUGUCGACGGGACCGGACGGAAAGUCCCGUGGCUAUGGCUUUGUGCACUACGAGACCGAAGAGGCAGCAAAGCAGGCCAUCGAGCGCGUGGAUGGCAUGCAAAUCGGUGAAAAGACCGUGGGCGUGGGCGGCUUCACGAAGCGUUCGGAGCGUGAGACGCCGGCCAUGAACACCUUCACCAACGUGUACAUCAAGAACUUCCCUACUGAUUGGGAUGAGGAUUCCAUCAAAACGGAGUUCGGCAAAUGCGGCAAGAUCACUUCGUCUCACUUCUCUUCUGACAACAAGGGCCGCAAGUUCGCCUUCUUGAACUUCGAGACCCACGAGGAAGCCAAGAAGGCCAUCGAAGAGAUGCAUCAGAAGGACUUCCGCUCGGACGAGCAAAAGGAGGCCGACAAGGAGAAAGAGGAAGAGGAGAAAGAUCGGGCUGACAAGAGUUGCCUCUUGUACGUGGCCCGCGCGCAAAGCAAGUCCGAACGCAUGUUGGAGCUGAAGGAGAAGAUGCCGGCCAGAGAGCCAGCGGGCCGAAGUCAGGGAGUGAACCUGUACAUCAAGAACCUGGACGAACAGACGGACGACGACUCCUUGCGCGGGCUCUUUGAGUCCUUCGGAAACAUCACCUCGGUCUGUGCCAUGAAGGAGCUGAAUGGCAAGUGCAAGGGCUUUGGCUUCGUCUGCUUCAGCAGCCCAGAUGAGGCCACCAAGGCGGUCACCGAGAUGCAUCUCAAGGUGGUCAAGGGAAAGCCGCUCUAUGUGGGCCUGGCUGAGAAGCGCGAAGUUCGUGCGGAGCGCCUGCGCCAGCGCUACUCCCCCAGCGGUGUGGGCAAGGGCAAGGGCAAGGGCAAGGGUGGCAUGGGCAACCAGAUGUACGGCAACCCCAUGGGAGGCAUGGGAGGCGGCAUGGGUGGCUGCAACCCGCCCAUGAUGGGCAUGGGUGGCAUGGGCAAGGGCAUGAUGCAGGGCCAGAACGCUGGCAUGAUGAUGGGCGGCCAGAAGGGCAAGGGUGGCAUGCCCAACAUGCCGAUGAAUCCUCAGAUGAUGGGCAUGGGCGCGAUGGGCAAAGGUAUGCCCAACAUGAACAUGGGUGGUGCCAUGGGCAAGGGCGGUAUGCAGAUGCCUAUGCCAAUGGCCAUGCCCGGGACCGAUGGGUGCGAUGGGACCUAUGGGACCAAUGGGCAUGAUGCGGCCCCCGAUGCCGCAGAUGCCGAUGAUGGCGAGCCGGGCGUGGAUUUUGCAUGGGGAAAUCAAGCAGGCAUGCCCAGCCAGGGCCCCGCUGCUCAGACUCCGCCUGCCGGCAACUCGGGCGGAGGCCAACAGCUCACUGCGGCCGCCUUGGCAGCAGCCCCUCCACCGGUGCAGAAGCAGAUGAUCGGCGAGCGGCUCUUCCCGGCGAUCUCCAAGCACCAACCGGAGCUGGCUGGCAAGAUCACAGGCAUGAUGCUGGAGAUGGACAAUUCCGAGCUUUUGAUCCUCCUGGACAGCGAGCACCAACUCAAGGCGAAGGUGGACGAGGCCAUGCGUGUCCUGGAGCAGGCCAAGUGCCUGGGACAAAGGGUUUUAUCGCGGGCACCGCACCGGGCUCAAACGCGUUGGAUGCGUUUGGGAAGACGUUUUUUUGGGAGCUUUUUUGGAGGGUCCACCGAAGCAAAGAAUACAAAUACGUCACAUCGGUAG